AUCAUCUUUCUUGUCCACGAGUGACGAGUCUUGAGAAGGCUCCAUUCGACGCAGGUAUCCGCUUAAACCCUCGGGGAUCUGCGCUGCCGAAUUUGGUCUCGUUGGUCUCGUCAUUUGCAUUACUAUCGCAAGCUCCUAUUAUCAGGGAUUUCGAAACCCUUUCUUCUCAAGUAUUGAAAAUGUCCAGACUUGUCCAUAGGAUACCUCAAAAGCGAUAGCACAUUACCAUUUAGAUUAUUGUUAAAAAAAAACAUCACUUGGUAUGUGAGGGGAGGGGGAAUAUUGAUAUGGCCGACGCCAUGGGCGCGAUGAAAGAACACGAUGCCGAUUCACCCGCGAACCCUAGCGUCCCUCACCAUUCCCAACAUCGAUUAUCAACACCAAUAUCGUCACGCAGUUAUGGUAGUUACGAGACUGGCGAAUCUAGCCCACCCGUUAGCUUCGAUGGCCCUACGAUCACGACCACCUUGGCCCAAUCUCGUACCGACUUCGACAAAUCCAAGCCGACUCCUCACACACAGAGCCCGGGAAAUAAAGACUCCAAUCAUGAAGCACACCGAAGACGUCGAUCGCAUAAGCCCCGAUCGAGUGGCGGUUUCCUUCUUUCUAACACCAUGUUGGAUAACCCAUCCAAAACGAGAUCGGCGAGUCGAGAUGACGGCCGUAGACGAUCUCGAAUACCAGUAGAUAACCGUAGACCAAAAACAACACCAGACAAGUCAAAUACGACAAGUUUUACUCGAGCGGGGCUGGGCAUCGAUCUUGAGGAUGGAAGGAGAUCGAGUGAUGGCCAAGGAAUACGAACCCUAAGCAGGCUUGCUGACAAUGGAAGACGAUACUCCCAAAACUCACAGGGGUCGCAGGACUCUCAGGGAUCAUCAAGAAUCCCGACUCGACGAUCGACUCCGUCACCGCUUGAUGUCGACUCUACUCAGAUCGUGAACAUGGCUCUUAACUUGAGCGAGUCAAGACGUUUGGCAGCAAGAAGGAACAUUUCAACCCCUAUACCUCCACGCCUGGCUCAGCUUCCUGAAAGUCCCGCUGGGCCUAAUAUUAAGCAGCAUCUACAGCAGCAGAGGAGAGCAUCUCGUACCAUUUCACCAAAGCCCGACAAAGCUUUAACACCAAGGCCUGCGUCCGCUUCCAAAAUACCGAGCCCGCUUCAAUCUGCUUUUGAUCAUGAGAGUGGUUAUAAAUAUCAUUUCUCAUCUUCAACACUGAAUCGCUCCCAGAAGGCUAGAGAAUAUCUAGAAUUGAUGGCUCAGUAUCGAAGGCUGUUACAAUUUAUCUCCCCCCUUGAACAAAAUGGGUUGUCUCGACCAUCAUCAUCUAACUUCUCAACAUCUCCUACGAAUACGAAGUCUCCUUUAACGGGGUCUUUGCAAAUUCAAUUAGGUCGAAACUACAAUCCUCUUCAAUACAUUCGAAAUAGGAAAGUUCGAGCUCGGGAACGUAGGGUUAUCGAUGGUGAAGCGCUGGGCUUUUCAGAUAUUCCGAUGGUCUCAAAUUGGGUUGACGAAGCUGCUUCCUCUGCAGCUAAGUCAGGUCUUGGUGGCCCCGCUUCGCUUCCUCCAUUCCCAGGGGCACAUGAGAAUUUCGAUCAAGAGCUCCCUGCUUCUAAUUUACCACGACCUAUAUCAACAACAAGGCCAAAAAGACCAAAAAUUGACUGGAGUAUUGACCCUGCAGACAUGCUAGCAGACAUAUACUGGCUAGAACAGGGAGACAAUAAGUAUCUUAUCGAAGACCGCCAUUAUUUAAAAGUCUUUCCGCACAAACCCGAACCUCAGACGUCAGCAUUGCAACAGGGGACUGAAACUGUUGUUUCUACAUUCAUUAAGGACGAUGAUGUUGGCGAUACCGUUCUUGGUUCUGAACCUGACCUGAUCAGCCCAUAUAAACCUGAGUUUGAUGUUUCUCAUGCUAGUGCUCGGGAUCGCGCUCGGCAGAAACUUCAAGACCUUAGAGGCCUACACCAUAAACAGAGCGGGGUCUCGCAUAACCAUCAUGACUUCCUGAGGUUCAGAAAGGGUUCCUUAUCAGACACGUCUGAUAGUGAGAGCGACCGUAAGAGACGGAAUCGUACUGGUACAAUUAGUGCUGACGGUACAGAUCUCCUCGAAAAGCAAUUCAUGGAUAUGCUGGCAAAGGAAGCCAAUAAAGAGAAACAGGAGAAUCCAAACGAAAUAGGUUAUAGACACCUUAAAGAACUGCCAUUGAGGAUGGGAUCACCGGAAAAGAAAAUCGAACCACUAUAUAGCCGCAGACGUUCACGAAUAGAGCCACUUGAAAGCCACGACAAGAUCAAUCGUGGUAAAGUAGCACAGGAGUCUCCGAUAGGUUCGGGACGCCAAAGCUUGGAAGUUCCUAGACCCAGUCACAGGUUAUCGAUGGAUUUGGAGUAUUCUUCUCAGCCCCCUUCGCGAGGCCGUAACGCACAAAUUCCAACCAUUGGCAUGGAUCUCUCACCACCUGCAAGCCGACCGGAAUCUCCCAGCCGAAAGCCCUUCUCCAAAGUCAAGAACAUCUUCCGCGAUCGUAGCCGAGAACGGGAGCGCGUAGGAGAUUACGUGAUUCGUGAGAAGGAUGAUGAGAGAGUCAUUGACCCCCCCGAACCUCUGAACCUCGCUGCAGUUACCGCAGAGAGGUUUGAAUCACCGGAGCGGCGCAGGUCUCAGAGCCUGUCCCGCAAGAUUGUUCAGAGGUCCACAAAUGAGAGCCACAAGUCUCAUCGUAGUAUGGGAAGCAUUAAACUGAAAGGCGAUGAACAAGUUGGCUUACGGGGCAUCUUCAAGGGAAGUGCCAAGUUGGAUGGAAUGAUAAGGGGCGGUGUUUCUAAAGUGACCGAUCUCUUGUGGAAACAAAAUUCAAAAGGCGAAAGUGAUUCGUCAACAUCAUCAAGCUCCGACUCAGACGAGGAGCCAAAGAGAGGUAGACUUAGGCAAUCUCUUAAUCUGUCCCGCAGCAGCAGUUUCCGACACCCGCGUGAUAGCAUCCGCCAGAAGAAUUAUCUAGAGGUCAUGCCUCCGUUUAAAUCGACGGUUUCACACGAAAAACCACUCGCUGAAGAGACAGACUCCUCUGUUUUGACCAGCCCUAUCUCGCGAAAUGUCAAAUCACCUCGUUUUGAUAGACUCAAGCCACCUCGUAUCGACAUUCGCAAAGCUUCACCACCUGAACGUACAAAGGCCUGGACACAUCACGAUCCAGAUCUUUCCGACGCCGAGUCGCGCAAGCGCCAGUCGAUUACCUUUGCUGAGAGACCAAAUGAGAUAUCCCCCAAAAAGGAAUCCGAUGUCUCUUCUAUACCCCCUUCUCAAGCUAUAUCGGCACGGCCACGUCUCGGAUCUAGAGCGUUAUCACAGGGUGCCCGGCAUUGGUCCAUCUCUAACCGCGGAUCAUCACCACAAGGGAACCAAAUCUCUCGGCGCGAAGUCGCGCGCCUUCGAACCCUAAUUUUGUGCUCUGGCAUCAAGGCUAUGGAGAUCUCACGACGUUCACAAGAACCUCACCCGAUCUUCCCCCUCGAUAACAAGAGCCCAAAACUUCCGUGGGCUGAUAUCGCGCCUUUCAAGUCUCAGGAGCAAGCCUCCUUGAUCGCGCCGCAGACCCAACUGUUCCCUGUUACGGCACAAAUCUUGUCCCAUAGCAUCGACCAUUCUAUUCAGAUCUCAGAAGCUAGCAUUGCUCGUUUUGCGGCCGAUAUCGCGCCGACCUUCCUCCGCCGCGUCGAGGCGCUCCACGACCGUGUGGGAGGCGAUCUUGUGGAGAUGACGCGCCGCGCGACGGACGAGGCUGAUGAGGUUGGUCGGGAUCUAGUCGAUAGCCAGAGACUAAAAGUCAAGCGUGUCGUGGAUACAAUGGACAAGAUGCUCAGACGCCGACGUAGAAGGUUCAGAUGGGUGCGUCGUGCUGGCUGGCUUGCUGUCGAGUGGGUACUUGUGGGCUUCAUGUGGUAUGUGUGGUUUGUGGUAACUGUCGCCAGAGUCGUAUUAGGAGUUGGCAGAGGGGCUGUGGGGGUCGUGAGGUGGUUGCUUUGGCUGUAGGCGAGGUCUGCCUAAAGUCGAAGACGAUCCUUUUAAGAAGAGAGAAAAAAAGAAGAGAAUUAUCAUAGGGUUGUGGAGACGAUGUCGAUUUGCCUGUCGAAGAAAGAGGUGUCAAUAUUUGACUCGACUCCGUUAUCAAGCACCCAAGAGGGGAAGAAUAAGGAGGAAUUAUUAAUCUUUUUGGAUGAAGCUUUUCACUCUGAUGAUACCCCAUGCGGUUGCGUUCCUUUUUCUCCUCUCCUUUCCUUUCUCU